UGAAUAAUCUAAAAUCGGAAACAUAGUGCACGUGGCGACAAGUGCUCUAUGAAAAUUCUUCACUCAGUAAUACUCUGUAAAGCCUUGGCCAUGUCUAUCAGUUGGACAAUCACUUCAUUUCUGCUGCUGCUGAUACUCGUUCAGCUGGAGACAUCGCGGGCCAUCUGGUUUCCAUGGUAUUUUCAUCGUUAUGGCUUUGAGCCGCAUAGCAGUCGACAUAGCGGAGCCAUAAAUGCAGCUCCAGCUGCUGGGCCGGGCAAAGGACAAAGUUCAAAAUCGAAUAAAGGCAGCUCGGCAACAUGUCCGCCUGGUUACGAGCUCAAGGGCUCAAAGUCACAUUCUCCAAGCGUUCGUCUAUGCGAUGAUAAUCCCGUGGUCAUGCAGUUGGCGCGUCUAUAUGUGGUUAGUCCGGAGCGUAUUGUUUUGCUACUGGCACAGCCGCUGCUCGCCGAGUCCUGUGAUGAGAUUGCCGAUGUGCUGGAGCACAUACGCGGGGCCACCAGCAACUGCAUACUGGCUGACGAUAACAUUUACGGCAAGUUGACCAAUGGCCUCAGAUACUACAAGUCCGAAGUCUGUGACGGUGGCAGCGAGAGCAGCGGCAAUCGGAAACGUUGUGCCAGCCUCAAUGAUGCCCACAACUGCCUCAAGGAGCUCCGCACGGACAUGAUCGAGUGCGAGGCGCCAGCGGAUUGGUAUGAGAAACGUAAUGAAUCCAAAGUGUGUCAAACCUUCAACAAUGUCCUCGACUGUUACUACACAAGAGGUGCGAUGUUGUGUGGCUUGGAGGCGGCCAAGCAACUGAGAUCCUUUGCUGGAGAUAGCAUGAAGCGUGCCAUGAUCCAAUCAUGUGAAGUCAACAAGCGCUUGCCGAAAGUUAAUGAUCCCAUGCUCAUAUCGGCCACCUCAUCUAAGCAAAGUUCUGGGUUGCUUUGGGGUUUUCUAUGUGCAUAUUAUUUGCUUCGAGUUUUGUAAUAUUUUUGCUGCAUAUAUAUCUUGAUACAUUUCUGUUAUGCUGACA